AUGUCUGGCCUUGACAAUGAUCAAAACUCCCUUGCAGGAACUCCACCGUCAUCGCCUUCUUCCCACAGUGCGCCAUUGCCACCAGGCUUGCCUCAUGGGUCUGACUUGGGCCCGAGACAGCAGCAAUCUUCUGAACCUGGCGUAGGCCCUGAUUUUGCUGGUACUCAAGAUUCAGAUGCUGCGGGAACCGACGAUGCAGAGGCAGUGCCCACAACCAGUCAAAAGCGCCGGGCUCCUGACUCGGAGUCAGACGGUGACAUGUCACAGUACACCGGCCAGGUUUCCCGGCACUUCAAGUUGAAGAGGACUGAUGCGGAUGAGCUCACGGCACUUGGAAAGCGGUCGAUCCGCAAGAUUCUUCUCUACAAUACAGGACAAGGAAUGAAGACUCGAGAGCGUCUGGACGCGAUUCAGCCUGCCAAUGCUGUGUGGGAAAUUCCGAAGAGACUCUGGUCGGAAAUCGAGUAUUACACGUACGCCGUCCUCUGUUCCCCUGUUCUUCCCACGUAUGUCAGUGGUUCAUACCCUGUUGGCGUCGUUCUGAAAAUUGUGUCGGCGAACCCGGGCUGGGGCUACACUCCCGAGGUGAAGAAUGACAAACAGAAGCAGGAGAUCGUUGCAGAACGAGUGCGAACCCGGCUCACAGACCGUCGUUCUGCAAUUAAGACUGCGAUUCUGCUCUCAAUAGGCCCAGAGAAGCUGACUGAGCUCGACGCUAUGCACCUCACAAAGCCGAAGAAUGCGAAAACGCAGCCAACCCCGCCAGUGAAGUUGAACAUACUUCAAUUGGCAGCCGAAGUCUCUGGUCUACACAGGUCUGCCCCUGCGAAGCUCACUCUCGAACUCUGCGCACGCAUUGCGUACUUGCGCCGCAGGCUCGAGAAGAUGCUUCAAGACAAGCCGAAGAACACGGAUCAGUACUGGAAGAUCGUCGACAAGAAGCUUGUCGAACUGCGUAAGGGAAGCGCGGUCGAAGUGUCCAGGAUGAUACAGCGGGGUCUUCGCGAGGAUCAAGAUAUGUAUGGGACAGUGGACGCGAACGAGUACGAAGAAGCAGCGAGCGGCGACAACGACAUUGUCAACAUCGCUGCCGCAGGCAAAUCACUUCCGAGCAGUGCUAUGUUCUUGGCAAGCUAA